AUGUUGAAAAGUAGAGAAAUGAAGAAUUUAGUGCAACAGGCACUUGCAGCCAAGCAGCUCACACGAGCGGCAGCUGUCCCGACGGAGCAAUCCAGUGUGAUGGCACACUGGAUUAAGUUAUCUUCGUUACGCAGACAGCAGCAUGACAAGGGUCAAGAAGGGGCAGUAAUGGACACUAGAGACAACAACGAGGACGAGGAAGACGAGGACAUUGUGGAGGAUCACAACGGAGUCCACUCGGGCUUUGACUUGGACGAUACAGCCAAAGGUCAUCAACUUUACGGUCGCACACUUAUACUAGAAGAGUCCUGUCGUCGAGCACUAGCUCAAGACUGCGAACAGCGCUCUCAGAUGGAUCUACAGUCGCUCGGUGUGUGGUUCCAGACCACGAAGCUUAAAAUCUCGACCGAUUUCGAGCGUCUCCAACCUUCGGAGCUUGAUCUGCUCUGUCGACGAAUGACGUGCGUAACUUUCCAUCCAGACGAGACGGUGUUCCGACAAGGAGACGAAGGCGACGCACUCUUCAUCGUCUUCUCCGGUACAGUUAAAGUUCGCGUGAGUCAGCGUAUCCUCGGUGAAGUCGUAGAAGUCACGGUAUGUGAGCUGAGCAAAGGCGAUUACUUCGGCGAACGCUCUCUUCUUAACAACGACGCUCGUGCUGCCACUGUAUUGGCCAAAACAGCCACCGAGCUGGUGAAAAUCACUCGAAAUGACUACAACUUGAUGCUGAAAAACGACCAACUCGAGUUCCUGUCUCGAAUGCAGAUCGCGAAUGGAAUCGGCGUCCAGCGUACGGCGCAGAAGUCACAACGCGAGUAUGUUAAAGUAUUAACGAAAAAGAAACAUGCGCGCUCCAAGGCCGACAUCGACAUGCUCAGUGAGUAUCUUCAGACGCUCAAAUUCUUCCGAAGCUUACCGAAAUCUUUCGUCCGCGAGCUCUGCGUCGUCGUGGACUUCCUCACUCUGCCGGCUGGUGCUUGUGUGUUCCGCGAGGGGGAAGUUGGAGACUUGUUUUAUAUCAUUUUUAGCGGGUCGGUGGAUGUGAAUAUCAACUCCAAGGACUUUAAGGGGAACACGCAGAUGACCAAGCUUAUCAACCUCACAGAAGGGUCUCACUUUGGAGAGCUGGCGCUCAUGAAAGGCAGAGGUGUACGCAGCGCUACUGUGAUCACUCGUGAAGAGUGUCAACUUUUGGUAAUUUGUGAAAAAGACUACAAUAUGACUCUGCGUCGCAUGCAGAAGAAAGAUAUGGCGAAGCGAGUGGGAGUUUUGGAUCAGAUACCGAUGUUCCAGACGCCUGAAUGGACUGGAGAGCUGCUCAAAGAGCUGUCGUAUGUUCUACUAGAGCAGAAAUUGUCCACGGGUAGUGUGCUCUACCGACAGGGGGAUCGCGCGUUGCACGUCUAUUUCGUAGUUCGUGGAGAACUGGUUGUCACCAAGCAAAUCACAGACCCCUUUACACAGGUCAAGCACGAGGUUUUCGUGGAACGCAUCGGUCGGUUCCGUGUGGUUGGCGACGAAGCAGCUGGUGGCGUUAAUUUCAACGAAGUGAUCCAUCGAGAGGUGACUGUGAGUGCAAGUACUCCCGUUGAGGUCCUACUGCUCUCGAAAUACGACGUUUUCCAUCGACUAUCCCGGUCAGCUCGAGAAACGCUACGCGCGGCAGCUCACUCUCACGCCGAGAGCAUCGUGUACUUGGAUCGCUUCCACAAGACGCAAAAGUGGGAAAACUACAAGCAGAAGGUGCUACGAGACCACGUUAACCACGAACGCAUCGAAAAGAUACUGCCGUCGCAGGCUCUAGUCGCAGCCAACGAGUUGUUACUGUUGACCCCCGAGACGAGGGCGACGAAGAAAGUUUUUAAUCAAGAACCGACUCUGGGCAAUUACGUGACGUCAUUCAACGCCGAGGCGCCUCCCAGUUCUGCUCGACAGCGUCAAUUGGAUGGCGCCUUGGCUGCUGAAGAGCGUCGACAAGCUGAAGUCUUGAAAGAGGGAAAUCCUCUGGCUUUGUUCGACAUUAAAGUUGUUGACAAGCAGAGCGGACCAUCUUUCAACCGCCCUUCCCCUGUCACGAGGCCUCUAAGUAGAAGUAUGAAAAUUACUCCUCAGGCUCUGAGUCACCUUCUACAAGAGAAUUUUAUCUUUUCUUGCCCGAAAAGGACCAGAUUUCAAGGACACGAUGCUCGGCGAUCCAGAAUGUUGCAGUCCAAGGCCAGCAGUCCAAAGACGCCAGCUUUUCAGAUUCUCCUGUCUGCUCGGUCUCUUAAUUCAGUUCGCGAUGCUGCUGAGAGUCUGGAGAGUGAUUCGAAAAGAACCAGCGUCAACUACUACGCUUUGCCUCUUAAUGCAUUCGCGCUCAUGCCUCGUGCCGGUCGCUCCAAAGUGGACGAGGAGAGGCUGCAGAUGCAGCAGAUUGAAGAGAUGACAAGCGCUGGCAACAGUGGGUUCGCUGUAACGAGUGUGGUGCUAUCACAACGUGAGGUCAGCAACUCGCCGUAUGCUGAGCCGUUCCUUGCCGUGCAUGCUCGUUGCACCUCUGAGGUGGAGGCUGGGGCGUAUGCGAUGAGUCUGAAGCGGUCGAACUCGCUCAAGUGUGCGAUGCUCUGUGUCUUCCCUAUCGGUAAAUGGCUUCAUCUCGAACAUGCACAUGAUUGGUGUGUGCAGGUCGAACCGAGCAAGCACGAGAAACGAACUCCCAACGUCUGUGGGUCGCCAACCAGGCGACUUGAACCUCCCAGGCCUCACUGGCAACAAGAACGAGACGAAGCGCAACGUCUCCACCAUUUCAUAUGCGCUCGAAUGGGUGCACCUCUAGCUGACAACAAGAAGAAGGAUCAGACAGAGGAAAGUGGCGGUCUCUUGCCUCAGCCACUCUUCUCUCUGGAGGAUAAGCUAGACACGCUCCAUAAUUACCUCCAGGCGUCUGCAGCAUUCACGACGAGAACAGGACACGAAGGUGUAGCCAUUGUCAAGUAUCGCCAGGUGAAGCGUUUUGGCUUCAUCAUGCGCUCACGCAUCGCUGGUGCUCUACCCCAAAGCAACACCAAUACUAGUAGUCACACCGACUCACCAUCCCCACGUCAGUCGUUUACUAAACUCAUUCCAGGAUAA